UGAGGAGCUUCAGGGGCUGCCCAAUGCCAUUAGUGCUCAUCCGCCGCCGCUAAAACUCAGAGACGGAGACAGGCUGCCCAAGAUGCCCGCACUAGUCCUCUUCAAGCGGCGCUACCGCAUCGCCUCCGACGACCUCCACCUGCCCGCACUGUGGCUCGCGGGGCUGCGGCUGUUCGGGGCCGUGGUGGUGCUGGUGUACCUCAUACAAGUGGAAGCGAGGUCCCACCCCGAGUGUAAAGUGAGGCACGGCUUCGCUGCGUUGUUGGGGUGUGUCGCGUUCGUCGGCGCGAUCGGUGCGGUUGGCGCCUUUAUCAUCGCCGUCGAUUCUACGCGAGGCUUGGUGCUUCAGAGGGAUGCUAGAAGAACAGCCCGGAAGCUGCUGGAAAUAGGACUGGCCUGCUUUCCCGUGGAGCUGCUGCUCGGCGGGUUAUGUGUGUGGGCGGCCUGGUGGGGCGGGUCCGAAACUUGUAGAAGAGAAGGCGGCGAUCUCGUACUGCUAAGGGUCGCGGCUACGUUAACCGCGGUCGCCUACGGGGCUACGGGCAUAUUUGCAAUCAUGAUAUUGGACGCGCACGGCGGCAAAGCUAAGUUGCGAGAGCCCCUGCGACGCGGCGAAACGCUAGAGGUGCCGCUCCGCGACGUGUCCCUGGAGGACCGGGCACGACUGGCGAGCCUUUGCCACUGCGCGUGUCGGGUCAUAGCGGGGUGCGCCUGCGGGCUGCUGGGCAAGGCGCCCGCCGACGACCACGCGACGCAUACGGACCGCACGCCUCGGGGAAAGCGCCUCAAGGCGUCCGCCGCGUUGUGGGAGGUCGCGGAGCUGUGGAGCGACUGGUGCGGCGCGCUGGACGCCGUGCCUUCCGAUCUUGUCGCUGGUAUGGCGCUGGUGCGGGCGCGCCAGAAGCAGGGGGCCCAGAAGUGGCCCUACCGGUCGCAAGUCCACGCGAAAGCCGUCAAGCUCGAUCCUAGCGAUGAACGACUGGAGACGCUCCAAUAUUUCGCGACGUACGCCUUCGCGGUCUACGGCAUCGAAAUGUCGUGCGCGCGCAAUCCCUGUAGAGGUCUCGUGGCCUGCGGCCGGGGUUUGAAUCCCUGCUCCAAGGGCAAUCUGGAUGAUGCUGCCCUCGACUACGAUUCUAGAGAUGCCAAAGUACUGUUCUUCGACAACGAGGCGGCGCCGAAUUCCAGGGUGCCGGUCGCCGUCAUGCACGACGCAGCGAGGGGCGUGAUUAUCAUAACGUGCCGGGGCACCAUGUCCCUCGAGGAUUGCUUGAGCGACGUGACGUGCGCCGACAUCGCCCUAUCGAGCUUCCAGGAGCCCCGCUUCGAAGAAUGCCCUUUCGAGCGUGAGCCCCGAUUGGAAGGCCGGGCCCACGCCGGCAUGGCCUCGAUCGCGUUCAAUACGUUGCCAUUGGUCCUGCCUCAUUUAGAUAAGACGUCGGAACCGAUUGUGUGCGUCGGCCACUCGUUGGGCGGCGGGGUGGCCCAACUAUUGGCCUUCUUCCUCACGAAGGCGCGGCCCCAACGAGAUGUAUCUUGUGUUGCCUACGAGUCGCCUGGUACGCUCGUGGACCCGGCCACGGCUCGGGCCAUGGACGCGUUUUGUCUAUCGUCGGUCUUGGCCGAUGAUUUGGUACCGCGGAUUGGUGUCCCGCAGCUUUUUGGGCUCAGAGACGCGUGCGUUGAUGGUUUGUGCAAGUGCAAAGUGCCGAAGUGGCGCGCUUUGGCUUCGUUAGCGGCGCGGUACCCCGUGUGUGAUAAGCUGUUGGACGAGAAUAAUGAGGAAGCUUCAGCAUUAUCGGAGGCCUGCUGUCAACUGCUAAAAGAUGAAGCGCGGGAGGACCUGCGGACGCCGCAGAUACUGUGCGUUCCCGGUCGUAUUGUGCAUUUCGUAAGAGAACAAAAGGAGCGCCACAACGUGAGCGCGUUCCUUACGGAACGGGACCACUUCGACUCGCUCGUCGUAAGUGCGACGCUCAUGACGGACCACUUCCCCUGGAAGGUGGAAAGAGCGAUCGCGGACGCGCGCGCGCCGCCGGCCUCGCGUCGGCUGCGGACCGCCGCAACCGCCGUCGUGGCGGCGCAGCGCCUAUCGCCACGUGACGACGCGACGGCCGCAAAGCCGACGACCGAGCCUGAGGCCGAGGCCGAGGCGGCUGUCGAGCGCCCGGGCUUCACGCGAAAGCUCUCCUCGUUCCUGUUCGGGGAGCAGGAGCCGGUCGCCGACUCCGAGAUUGCCGUUCGGGCUAGCGACAACAUCUAAUCUUAGUACACCUGGCUAGUACUCCACAUCAACACCCGCCCAGUCGAUGAAUCGCCCCGAGUCGUCCUCUUCUAGGCCAUCCACAAUGUCGAGGAGCUGCGACGCCGUGAACUCGACGGGAAACAAUUUUUCGGGAGCGACGCGCGCCUGGAAGGGUCUGGACAGCCCCGUGUCCGUCGUCCCCGGGUGCAGCGCGACGCAGAUUGUGCGCUGCCUUCGCAACUCGCGCGCGCAGGUCACGGUCGCUUGGUUUAGGGCGGCCUUCGAGAGGCGGUACGAGUACCAGCCGCCCAAACCAUUAUCCGAGAUCGAACCUACUCUCGCGGAAAGGUUCGCGACGACGGAGGCCGGCCGCGCGUUCGCACCACCGCGGCGGCCCGC